CAGUGGCACAGACAAAGAGCAACAGAAGCCAACAAGCCCCAAGAUGAUGCCACCGAUGCUAGCAACGACCAGUUCUCUGCUGCUGAUGCUGCUGUUGUUGCAGAUGGACUGCGUCCGCGGCCAGGGCUUCGAUCUGACCAAGAUCCUAGUCAGUCGGGGCACAGAGCCCAUUUGGACGGUGAUGGUACGGCAGCUGCCGCAUGUACAGGACAUGAUCGACACUGGCCGCAGGGAGUGCAUAAAGGAGCUGAAACUUCCCAAGGAUCAGCGUCCGCUGAUGAGGGUGUCCAAUCCCAGCGAGAAGGAGAAGUGCCUGAUAGAGUGUGUCCUCAAGAAGACCAAGAUUAUGGAUGACAAGAACAAGCUGAAUCUGGCCCAGGUGGAGAAGCUGACCGGUCUGGUGACCCAGGACAACAAGAUGGCCAUUGCCUUGAGCUGCAGCCUGGCACAGACCUGCAAUCGCUCCAUUUCGGCCAAGAAUCCCUGUGAGGCUGCCCACCAGCUCAAUCAGUGCAUCAGCCGCCAGCUGGAGCGCAACAAUGUGAAGCUGAUCUGGUAGGAUCCUGCACUUCUACACUCCUGCUGUCCUGACGCCUGCUUUCCUGUUUCGUGUUUCCUGUUCCCCACCCAAUGAAGUCCAAGAUCUCUGUAUUGGCUCUGACUGGGCGCUUUAUUUCUAGUCAGGGACCACAUCAAGCUGGGUUUCCAAUUAAACAGUUAACGAACAAAAAAAAAA